AUGGUUGUUCCGUAUGAAGCUGGUAUGGGAAAAUUUAUAGGAUUUUCAACCACUAUAAAUUACGAUUAUACUUGGUCUCAGUGGCCACCAAUAAAAGGUCGAUUAGUGAAUGUAUUUUUGGGAAUACCGUAUGCAGCACCUCCGGUUGAAGGGCAGAGGUUUCGGAUGCCAGUCCCUGCCUUCUUAGAUACCCGGUUUCCGUGGUUCGCCAAACGCUUUAGAUCAGCAUGCAUGCAGCCUCCCAUUUGGAUAAACCGCUUUAUGCCAGGAUUCAAGGAUAUAAAUGAAGACUGUCUUUAUCUCAAUAUCUAUUAUCCAAAUCGUACGUGGGAGGAUCCAAAUACACGAUAUCCUGUCAUUGUACAUAUACAUGGUGGAAGUUAUGUUUAUGGCUCUAGUCAUAUGUAUCCUGGUUUAGCAUUGGCAUCUAAAGGAGUGGUUGUAGUGACAUUUAAUUAUCGCUUAGGUCCUUUUGGUUUUUUAUCAACCGGUGAUUAUGCAUCUAUAGGAAAUUAUGGUCUAUGGGAUCAGUUGCUUGCUAUCACAUGGGUUAAAGAGAAUAUUGCAUGGUUUCAUGGUGACCCAGAAAAGAUAACUAUAAUGGGUGAAAGUGCUGGUGCAGCUAGUGUUGGUCUACACUUAAUAUCACCGUUAACACGUGAAAGAUAUUUAUUCAAUCAAGCAAUAAUGAUGUCCGGUUCUGAUUUAUCCGAUUGGGCGUUCAGUGAUCCAAUGAAAGUUCGUACAAGAUAUUAUGCAAUUGAACUAGGUCGUAGAUUAGGUUGUCCAUCAGUACAAAGCAAAGAGGUGAUUCAGUUACAAGAAGCUAUGUACAACGGUUAUUUACGUUAUAUAUACAAAGAUCAGUAUGCAUUUAAACAGGCAUUUGAUGAAUCAUAUGUUAAACAAUAUUUGAAUAUACCAUAUGCAGAGCAAACUGAUGCUUAUGCUGUUGUUUCGUGUUUAAGAUAUGAUAAGAAAGCAGAAGAAAUUAACAAUAUAGUACGAGAUAUAAUCCCACUUCGUGGAGCGCCAACAUUUGUAUGGACACCAGUAGUAGAUGGAACAUCUGGAUUUUUUCCACGUACUCCAUCUAAAGAACGUACAUUAGGUAAUUUUGCUAAAUUACCAUUACUUGCCGGUGUAGUACAAGAUGAAGGUUCUUUAACCUUUCAGUUCUAUUUAUCACGAACAGAAAACGGAAAUUAUGUAAUAGGUAAUUUGACAGAUGAUGUUGUAAAACGUAUCAUUGGUAUGUGGUUAAUUAAAAUGAAUGUACUUCGAUAUAAUCAAACUGCUGAAGAAUUGUAUAAUCGAUAUACCUACUGGCAAAAUUUGGAUAAUAAUACUGCCCGAUGGAAAAGAGCUGUUGAUCUUAUGUCAGAUUUGUUAAUCUCUUCACCGUUAGAUGCAGUUGUAAAAUAUCAUGCAAAUCAUUCACCUCCGGUUUAUUUCUAUGAAUUUGCUUAUUCAAGUCGAAAUGAUAAAGAAGCAACCCCGGAGACAGGUAUUUAUCAUGGGAUUGAAUUACCCUUCUUAUUCGGAUUUCCAUUUAUGAAUAAAUCUAUAUGGUCAGAAUUAUUUGGUGAAGGUAGUGUAUUACCGAAAUGUGCAUCAGAGGUAUAUGAUUACCCACAUGAUACAAAUAUGAGUGAAUUUUUAUUAGAUUUAUGGACAAAUUUUGUAAAGUAUGGCAAUCCGACACCUGAAAAGGUUAAAAACAUUAACUGGUCAAGAUUUAGACAACCAGAAGAAGCUUACUUGCGUAUCCAGUUGAAUAGUUCGAUUAAAUAUCAUUAUCGUUCAUCAGAUAUGGCAUUUUGGCAAAAUCGUUUUGAAUCAUUAGCAGAACCUCUACCAGCAUCUCCACCAAUUUAUCGUUCUCCAUUAAUCGAUAUACGACUGGCUACAGUUAUAUUAAGUUGUCUAUUAGCUAUUGCAUUGAUUAGUAUAAUAAUAAUUAUUAUUUUAUUAAUACGACGUCCAAAUCCUAAACACUUUAAAUCAAAUAUACGUUAUACAACACCAGGAAGUGAAUUUCAUGCAUCCUUUAAAGAUUCAUUUGCCAAUAGUAAUAUUUAUUCAUCAAUAACGCCUACACCAAUAACAGCAACAACAACAACACCAACGCCAUCUUCUGUAUAUCCUCACCACCAUCAACAACAACAGCAAAGGCCACCCAGUACAUUUAAUUAUUUCACCAAUAAGGAGAAUAAACUCCAGACAGCGUCUUCAUUGGCACGUACAAAUGAUCCGCUGGCAUCAUUACUAACAGUGAAUAAACAUCCACCACCUCCACCAAUACCCUCACCACAGCAACAACAAUAUUAUGAUCGAAGAAGUUCUUCAUCUGAAUCUUCAAAUGGUUCAUUAUCAUUAAUAUCGUCGUCCUCACCACCCCCACCACCAUCAACAUCACGUCGUCGACAAAUGAAACAAAAGCAUGAUGAAAAUAAACCAGUGAUGAAAGGGGUUAAUGAAUGUCUCGUAAUGAAUAGGCUGAAUCAACAAGAUCCACAACCUUAUGAUCCCUUGCUGCAUACUAAUGAUAAUAACAAUAAUAAUAAUCCGUAUAAACCUUACAUAACAGACGUUUAA